UUUGCCGACUCGUAUCGGCAAAAUAAUUGUCAUAUAUAAUUUGUUUUUAAAUUUUGAACAGUUGCUGUUCAUUAAAUAAGUUAAUAUAAUUUUUAACCAAAAUGGAAAGCCUAUUUGAUGAUGUUAAACGAAUGAAUAAGCGGCAGUUUCUAUACCAAGUAUUAAGUUUUGGUAUGAUUGUUUCCUCUGCUCUUAUGAUAUGGAAAGGAUUAAUGGUGGUGACCGGGAGUGAAAGUCCUAUUGUUGUUGUUUUGUCUGGUAGUAUGGAACCAGCAUUCCACAGGGGUGAUUUAUUAUUUUUGACAAAUUACCCUGAAGAACCCGUAAGGGUUGGAGAGAUUGUUGUCUUCAAAAUUGAUGGAAGGGACAUUCCUAUUGUACAUCGAGUGCUCAAAGUUCAUGAAAAGAACAACGGUACUGUUAAAUUUUUAACCAAGGGUGACAAUAAUAGUGUAGAUGAUCGAGGGUUAUAUGCCCCUGGCCAAUUGUGGUUAACAAAAAAUGAUGUUGUCGGAAGAGCUAGAGGAUUUUUACCUUAUGUUGGCAUGGUUACGAUAUACAUGAAUGAAUAUCCUAAAUUUAAGUAUGCUGUGCUGGCCUGUCUCGGAUUAUAUGUGCUAAUACAUAGAGAGUAACAUGGAAAUAGUAUUCAGACCUCAUUUUAUUUAUAUGUAAAGUCUCUGUUAAUUUAAAUAAAUAUUUUUUACAUAUACAAUGACAUGUUAAAUUUAUUGAAAAUAAAACA